GAUGCAGACAGUAGUCAUCCCAGUGGUUCGAAGCGACCUCAUACACUUGAUGACGAGGAUGACGACGGUUCGACAAAUCAAACUUCCUCAAAUUCGGUUCACAACAAAGUGUCUCGCUAUGACAGUAGUAUGGCUGAGGCCGUAUCAAUAAACAAUCAACCUUCCCAAAUAUAUCCACCACCUCCAAAAGGCACACCGAAAUUGAUGGAUGGUGUAUCUCGUGUUGUCACCUUAGAUCAAGAUAGUCCUGAAGCUCACGAAGCGCGGAGCUUAGCCGAUCGCCUAUUCCGUAUUGGCGGUUGUAUCUAUGUCGAUGGCCAACCCGUUUUUCCAAACGCUCAAUCUUCGGAUAGCGAGGGAGAUCAUUUGGAGCCUAAUACAAGCAGUGAGAAUAAUANGGUUUCAAUAACACAACGUAAUAUGGAAGCACUCAUCUCUUACGACUAUUGUGUUUCACACAAAGCAGACGGUUGCCGGUAUCUUCUUCUCGUGACCGGACCGAAUCAAGUUUACAUGAUAGAUCGAGCGAAUUUCGUUUAUCGAGUUGAAGUACUGCACUUUCCCACUGUGGCUUGGGUUAAAAGCGUCCAUCAGUCGGGCAACGCCCAAUCUCAUUCUCCUUCUGAGUUCCUUUCCGUGAAUGAUGGCCAUUUGCGGAACACCUUGCUAGAUGGUGAAAUGGUUCUUUGCCACGACCCGUCCAAACCACCCCCAGGACCUCAUGAAGAAGUGACCAGUGGGAUCCCCCGCUUCCUUAUUUAUGAUAUUGUGACUCUGAACAAUCAACCGGUUGGUCGAUCUCCGUUUGCCGAGCGUUAUUCGGUGAUUGACAAACAAGUGAUUUGGCCUCGAAAUACCGCGGGCCACAUGGGUCUCGUCGACUUUGGGAUACAGUCAUUCUCAGUCAGACGCAAACCCUUUAUGCCCCUCAAUAAAACGGAAGAAGUAAGUCAUUUCAGCACGCGUUUGUCAAUAAUUAAAUUUCCGAAUUUGUGA